GUCAAGCUGGAUAUGACCUUAUCUCUUAUAAUCGUUAUGCAAAGAUGUCAAAGGCUCUCAAUGAAACCGGCCGACCAAUGGUCUACGCCAUGUGCAACUGGGGAGAGGAUGGAACAUGGAACUGGGCGGCCACAAUAGCGCAUACUUGGAGGAUGUCAGGAGACAUUAUGGAUGUGCGUAUUCGCUUUGAUAUAGAACCCUCUCUAACCGUUCCCCAGUCCUAUGACGCAUACGAUGAUCGCUGUCCAUGCGAUGCAUCUAAUACAACCCACACAACAGACUGCUCUAUGAUCCGCAUACUAGAAUAUGCGGCUCCUCUCGUUCAGAAGGCAGGACCCGGUCAGUGGAAUGACCUCGACAUGCUCGAAGUCGGCAACGGCGGAAUGACCACGAUCGAAUAUCAAACCCACUUUGCAAUGUGGGCCGUCAUCAAGAGUCCGUUGAUUCUAGGACAUAACUUAGCCACCAUG